GGAUCUACAGUUGCAGACUUGACCUAACUAAAAUCAAUCGACAUGAAGAAUUAUUCUCAAGAAGAACUCCAAGACGCCAGAGCUUUUAUUGACGAUCUGCGAUCUGCGAAUGGCGGAAUUACAAAAGAAGAAGAAGAAGAAUUAGAUCGUUUAUUGCCUAAAGUCAAGGAGGCACUGGAAAAUUUGCAAAAUAAAGUCGGGAUCUCGACUAAAAUUUUGUCUGAACAGCUCUAUCAAAAGUCUACUCGCUUUAUCUACGAGAUUAUCCAAAAUGCGGAAGAUAACGAAUACAAGGGCUCCAAAAAAUUACCCUUCUUGUCUUUCACUCUCUACUCGGACCGCCUCAUUAUAGAUUCCAACGAAGAUGGCUUCACCAAAGAGAACAUCAAAGCUAUAUGUUCUAUUGGCGAGAGUACUAAAGCAUCUAUCCAGGGCUAUAUUGGAGAAAAGGGCAUUGGGUUCAAAUCUGUUUUUACCGUUGCCCACAAAGUUCAUAUCCAGUCUGGGUGCUACUCCUUUGCAUUUGAAUAUAGCAAGAACGAUGAUGGAAAAUCCGGUCUUGGGAUGGUCACACCGAUGAACGAGACGCCACAUGAGCUUCCCGGUGAUGUCCAAACAAGGAUGAUCUUAUAUCUCCAUGCGGGUGAAGAUUGUGGAGCACUGUAUCAAGAACUGCUAAAUUUGCCAGACACUUUACUACUGUUUCUCAAAAAAUUACGGCAACUGACGGUCAACUUUGAACUUCCUGAUAGAAAUGUUCACCAGGUUCAAUUCUCUCUGACGCGUCCAAACAACGAUCGUCUCUCUGAAAACAUAGUUCAGACUAAAACCGCAAUCACGGGUGCAGUCAAUUCUGUCACACACAAGAGCUUCUGGGUCAAGAAGCGCCCCGUCUUCAAUCUCCCUGCUGAUUCCGCUCGUGGCAAAAUUCGUGAAGCUGAAGUCAUUCUAGCCUUUCCUAUCGAUGAAGAUCAUGUACCAGUUAUUGAAGAACAAUACGCUUUUGCGUUCCUUCCCAUGAAAAAAACCGGGUACAAGUUUCUCAUACAAUCUGAUUUUAUUACCAAAGCCAGCCGAGAAGAUAUUGUUGAUUCUGCGUGGAAUAGGCAGUUACUCGUGGAAGUGGUCGCAACAUUUCGCAGCGCAAUCAAUGACUCCAAUGGGUUUCUUAAGCACGAUACACUUCGGUACAGCUGGAUCAGAUAUAUUCCCACAACCACUAUUACAGACGAAUUUUGGGGGCUUCUGCAACCUCGCUUGCUUGACGAACUUUGCAAGAGUAAAUUCUUCUUUUCUAUGGAUGGAUCUCUCUGGACACCUGAUCGGUUGCGAGUUCUGCAGAACGCCGACCGAGAUGAAAAUCGCGAUCCUCUAUUAGCAGAUACUAAUGCAGGCACAACUGCGUACGUUUCGGAGUCCUACAAUGCUUCUGAUAUCACUAUUUUGGAAAAAAUGAGAGCAAAACAUCUAGAUACCGAGGAUUUUUUGCAAAGACUAGGCGAAGAUCUUGUUCGAACUCAUGGUUCUCGAAUGAAAACUACGCCUUUGAACAGCUCUUGGCAUACGAGAGUGGCGGAUCUUCUCAUUAGUAGGUGUUGUAAUGAAAGUGUUAAAAAGGAAAUACAGAAACUAAAUAUCAUACCGCUUGACAGUGGGGCGUGGGUUCGUCCACUAAAUGCGAGUAUAUUCUUCCCGACUUCGGGCGGUAUUGACAUACCGAAGGGCUUACCUCUGAACUUGGUCGAUAAAAAAUCACUUGGGAAUCUGAGUAGGAAACAGCUCUUUGGACAACUUGGAGUAUCUGUGUGUUCACCAGAACGCAUAUUUCCUCUCAUUGAGCAACGACAUUUUCCUCCAGCGAGUGAAUUUGCAGACUCGGAUCUCCAGGAUAUUCGGUUCCUUUUCUGGCACCAUGAAGCGCUAGCUAGCGAUUAUUCAAUAUCCAUGUGGUUAUGGAAUGGGGAACGCCUUUCACCACAUAAGAUUAACGAAGGCGGCUGGAUUUAUUGUAUGGAAUCCAAUCACGCAUACGCAACGAUCAAAAUUAUUGAUAAAUCUAUACCACUCGAAUUAAAAAAAGACAAUCACGUCAGAUAUCCAGCGGAGAGUUACUACAAGGCUCUUGAAGCUUGUGGCGUUCGAAGUAAACGCACUGGAAUUCAGUGGCUUCGGUCCCUUGGGAUUAAAGAAACGCCGCAACUACGCUGUAGAAGGAAUGUUCCAGGUUCACAACUUUCGGCAGAAGUUAAACACAUCUUCAAUAAUCUCCCGAAAUAUACGCUUGGCACAUUGCAAGCAAAUUGGUCACAGUACAAAGAGACAGAACCAUGGGAUAACUUCUUCAAGCAAAAGAAGGUUCCCAUCCUUGCCUCAUGGGCGAUGAUGGAUUUAAAAGAUACGUAUUUACCAGUACCAAAGCUAAAAGGUAUCGCUUCAAGUCUGGGGCUAGAAGAAAGUUUCGGCUUUUUGGAGGAGUUGGAUGGUAUCUCUGAAGCUGAGGUUUCUAAAUGGAACUUUCUUAAGCGAUUCGGAGUUGGGUUGGAUGAAAAUGUUUCAUUUUGGCUGAGGUUACUAAAGCAAGCUAAACAGAAAGAUUCAACCAACUUCAGUACUGUCUUCAGAAUAUACACAAGUUUACAAACCUAUAUUGAUGAGGCAGACAUCAUCAAAAUCAAGGAAGCAUUUGAAGAGGAUAUGAUCUUUGUUCCCAGAUCCAAUUCUAUGGAUGACUGGGAGUGGAAGUAUAAAGCUGAUUGUUCAUGGAGUGGCCCCGAGUGGUAUGAACACAAGCCUCGUCUUCAAACUGUCAAUAAAUACCAGAAACUACAAGCGCUGUUUGUGAAUACUCUCGAAAUUUCCGAUGCCACACUGAGCGACUUCCUCGAUUAUCUAGGUCGUAUUAAAAUCGAUGACCAAAACAAGCCCAACAACGAGUCUGGCGAACAGAAGAACAAAAUUAUCUUGCUAUAUGACAAGCUCAAUGAAUUAGCGGGAAGUGGUGAAAAUUCCGGAGAGACCGAAAUAGUAAGAUCGCGUAUCGAGGAGGGUAAGCUUCUUUACUACCCUCCAAACAAGUCAUGGUAUGCGCCAUCAUCAUGUAUCUGGGCCCCAGAGGAUAUUCAGCUCCCAGAAAAGAUCUCUAUUGCCACCGAAUACAAGAAUCGACAGUCAUUCUUUCGGAAUGUGUUAGGUGUUGAGAAGCCAAGUCUGGAAAUGCACAUUGUUGCGCUCCAGAAACGCGCUCUCGAGAACCCAGAUAAGCACGGCAUUCUACGCGAGCUAAGAAACAUAUGCGCACUCAAUCCGACUGCGGCAUUACGUGACAAAAUUUCCAAAUGCAAGUGUUUGCCAGUAUGCAGACCAUCACAGGAAGUUGAAUGGAUGGAUAGUACUGAUAGCUUCGCAAUUAUCGAUCGUAAAGAGCAUGGUGAUAUUUUUAAAAACAAGAUCAAUGUGCUGGACUUUUCCCUAGAAGAAGUUCAUUCUGUAAAUCAAUUUUUGGUUGAACUUGGACUCGAAGGGCGAUACACGUCAGGGGCCGUGAAGGAGGGCACAAAGAUCGAAGACGGACUAUUAAAUGAUGGGCUGACGAAGGAUUUAAGAAGAAAAGCAUAUGCUAUCUGUCGGUAUGCUGCUCAUCACGGGAGUAAGGAUGCUACAUCUGCUUAUGAUUUGCUGCGGAAUCUUGAGGUUUUCACUAGCGACAGCAUCACCAAGGAGGUUUCUAUUGCCCAGAACAAGAAGAUCACAUCGGUAAAAGUGCAUACAGCAUUCUUACAUAUUGCACAAGAUGGCCACCAACUUAAACUUUACGUUCCUAAGGAGCAGCGACAUAGGGAAGUCUGUCUGUCGCGCCAGCUACCUAUUGAAUUGCUCAAGCACCUUGGAGUUCCCAACUACCGCAAGGGAGCUGAGCUCGGUUCCAUCAUUAGAGCGACUAGUUCUUUUGCUAUAGAUGCAAUUCUUGAUUCGGAUGGAAUCAUUGAUGUACCUGGAAUCUUCCCCCCAGAGGAUUAUAGCGAAAGCGAGGCAUCAACGUUUGACACUUCUCAGAAUAUUGCCAGCCCAGCUAUCAAUACUGAAGUAGAAAGCAGAGUAACGUCGCCAGAGCCCCAUUACCACAUCCGGCCUUCUACAGAGGAUCGUUAUGUUCAAGCACAAUUCAUUGAUAGUUCUCUUUGGACGCCAGCUACGUCCGGUUCACAUACACCUGAAAUACUCCCUGAUCAGCCCGACCUUUUUAAUGAACUUCUAGACACAGUCAUCAGGCAAGCGCGUAGUGUGCAUAGUAUUCCAGAGGUUGAUGAUGUUUUGAUUGCUCCCCUCUCUACUAAUUCUCAUAUCGACACGGGUCUAGCUGUCGGCUCAAAUGUGGCUGGAGAAAGUUUGUUCAGAAUAGGUGUAGCUGGAGAGUUAUUUAUGUUUGAGAUACUGAAGAGCCUCGGCUUGCCCCUUUUCGAUCUGGGAAAUUGGAGAAGCACGAUUCGACAUCGAGUGGCCGCCCACGAUGACUACAAAGAUAUGCCUCGCUGGAGUGGCUCCGAGACGUCAGAUAUCGUAUAUGAAGAUCAUGACAAAAUGUUGACUUCAUUGCUUACCACAAAUAACUACUUUCAUAUCGAGGAGCUCGCAGGACUGAGAUUUGCCAGUUCUCCUACAUACUACAUCGAAGUCAAAACAACACCUGGACCCCUUGAUAAUGCAUUCUACUGCAGCCAAGGUCAAUUCGACAGGAUGGAAAGUAUGAAACUCCAAUCCGAUGAGCUAGUGAAUGAAGUUUACUUGGUUGCGAGGGUUUUCAAUCUUGGAGCUUCCGGCAUAGGAUUUAAAUUGUACGUAGACCCUGCUGGGCUACGGCGAAGAGGUCAGCUUAAGUUCGCGGCGGAUAAGUAUGUUGUGACAUCAUAAGAAGGCCACAGUGCGAUGCAUGGUUCAAAGGAAAUUCCAUCUCAUUCGAGGUGUUCUAUACUCGGCCCUGUGGUCUGUCUAGUUUAUGGUCAAUCUUUGACUGGAUCUUUGAGGAGGGACCGAAAUCAUCGCCCCAUAGAUACAGUGUUGAAACCCCCCAUGUCAUUGUAUUUUAGUCUAGAUUAUUGGGCCCCUUUAUCUUACGGGUUGUAUUUGUAAUGAAUUUGAUAUUUCGAGUAGGGA